UUAACUUAAAAUUAUCGUUUUGUUUGGUUUUCUUUUCUUUUCAUUCUCUCUCUGGUUUCAGCUUCCAGAAAUUUUCUUGGCUCCCCGGCCAGUUGUCCCAACCCCUUUUAUUUCCUCCCACCCACCUCACUAAUCUCACUACUGAUCCCAUGCGAGAAUCCACAAAGCCAAAACAAUGCACAAGCUACAUCCCUUUAUUUCCAAACAUAGCAAAACCACGAACACGUUCGGUUAGUUUCUCUUUUCGCCAAAAACCAUGAGAUGAGCGAUAUCAUAUUCAUAUGCAUGCGGAUAUGCAAAUCACUCCCACGAAACCAUUCAUCCUAAGGUGUUUCCUCAUCUCCCUCUUCCUCUCCCUCCCCUUCCUCUUCCUCUACCUCUUCUACCCACAACAACAACAACAACAACAACAUCAUAUCACAACCAAAGACCUCAGAAUCCGACCAGGGUACUCCUCCUACGAAUCCUACAUUCAACGCCAGCUGAACAAGACCCUUAACCCAAAACUCCGAAAAAUAUGGACAACCCGCGACUGGGACCGCAAGAUCCCCGUCUUCGCGCGCUUCUUCGAAGACCUUAAGGUUAAUAAAAAGCUUCUCAAAAACACGUCCAAGGCGCUGUGCAUCGGUGCAAGAGUGGGGCAAGAGGUGGAAGCGCUGCGGCAAAUUGGAGUCGUUGAUUCAGUGGGAAUGGACCUUGUUCCGUACCCUCCCCUUGUGAUGAAGGGUGACUUUCACAACCAACCGUUCCAAAACGACACGUUCGACUUCGAAUUCUCCAACGUUUUCGAUCACGCGCUGUACCCGCAAAGGUUUGUGGCGGAGAUCGAACGCACGUUAAAACCUGAAGGUGUGUGCGUUUUGCACGUGGCGUUGUCGAGGCGUGCUGAUAAAUACUCUGCUAACGACCUCUACAGCGUGCAGCCACUUGUGGAGCUAUUCAAGCGCUCUGCUUUGGUUCACGUUCGCAGCGUCGAUGGUUUUGGAUUGGACACCGAGGUUGCGUUUCGGAAGAAGGGAGAACCUCUUCGUCGUCACCGUUUGUGAUUGCUUUUCUCACUCUUCUCUUCUCUUUUUUUUCCUUUUCCUUUUCGUUUUUUUUUAGGGUGGCCAUUCUAUCUUUCUUUUUGGGUACAUUUGAUUUUUUUUUUCUUUUUUGUUCUUUAAAGAAGUGGAAUGGUUGAGUGAUGGCGAUGGUGAUAAUCAAUGUGUAGUUUUGCCAUUUAGCUUAUUGCACUGUGCAAUUGCUUUGGUGACGCUAGGAUGUAUAGCACUUCAUUAUAUUAACUAUGAUGGAGAAGAAUUCGUUAUCUCAA